AUGGGUUCUGGUUCUCCUCCACCUUCGAAGCCAUCAGCAAUCCCGUCCCACAUGAUCAAUGGCAAUUCUCCCCUCCAGUCCUCCACAGCUGCAGGCUCGGGCUCUGGUACUCGGGCUCGCGAUGCCCGUGAGCGUGAAAGUCUCAACUCCUCAAUUCAGUGCUCUUUUGCUCCUCGUGUCCCCAUUGAGUUCGACAACCUGGAGGUGGGACCCUCCCACGCGGGGGAUUCCACUGCUACCGAAUCCGCAGCUGCUGCAGCUAUCGCCCCCAGCAUCUUGAGUCUCCGGGGUCGACCAACUCUGAAUGACCCACCCCGCGACCCCAGGGACGAAGGCGGCCCAUUGACCCCGCCGGCGACUGUCAGCCGCCCCGCCAGUCCGUAUACCAUGAACCCACCAAUCGACUUUGACGGUCUUAGCUGGCCGUGCCCCGGAACACGCGAGCGAUUGGAAUCGACACCGGAGGAGAACGCGGAGCGCGUUCAGAAGCUUGCUGGAGCAGUGCGCACAAUUCUCGAGUGUGUGGGCGAGGACCCCGAACGUGAGGGCCUUCGUGGAACCCCCGAGCGAUAUGCCAAAGCUAUGCUCUUCUUUACCAAGGGAUACGAGGAGAACGUCCGGGAUCUGGUCAAUGGCGCAGUUUUCCACGAGGAUCACGACGAGUUGGUUAUUGUGAAGGAUAUUGAUGUGUUCUCUUUGUGUGAACACCACAUGGUGCCCUUUACUGGAAAGAUGCACAUCGGCUAUAUUCCGGAUCGCCGCGUGCUUGGUCUUUCCAAAUUGGCCCGCCUGGCUGAGAUGUUCUCCCGUCGUCUUCAAGUCCAGGAGCGACUGACUAAGCAGGUUGCUCUGGCCAUCUCAGAGGUCCUCAAACCUCGCGGUGUCGCAGUUGUCAUGGAAUCUGCCCACCUGUGCAUGGUUAUGCGUGGUGUUCAAAAGGUCGGCAGCACCACGACUACCAGUUGCAUGUUGGGAUGCAUGCGUUCAAGCGCCAAGACGAGGGAAGAGUUCCUGACUCUUCUGCAUCGCAAAUAA